AUGACUGAUUCAACAUCGAUCUCUUUCACCACUUCAAAUCGAGGCAAACCUUUGCUAAUUUAUUCAGGAUAUAUUUUUCGGCUUAAAAAAUCAACGGUGAAAGUAAAGUAUUGGACUUGUCAUUCGGAUGGCUGUGUAGCUAAUGUUCACACAGACAAAAAUGACCAUUUCAUUAAAUCUAAUGGUCAGCAUCAUCAUAUACCUGAACCUGAACAAAUUGAACUUAGAAAUUUAAAAAGAAAAGUCAAAGAAAGAGUAAAAACUGAAACAAGUUCUAUAUCUAAGAUAUAUGAAGAAGAAUUAGCUCGUUCUAAUCUUUCUUCUACCGCUUUAACACUUGCAUCUACUGCUGCUGAAGGAAAAUCUGGUCUUAAUCGUGUUCGUCGAAAAACAACACCACCUAUACCAACAUCAGCAGAAUUUGAUAUUCCUGAAUUUUAUUCUCAAACUCUUGAUGGUACACAGUUUUUUCCAACAGCUAUUCACCAUGGUUGUUUUUUUCAUUAUUGUCAGUUAUUGUAUAAAAAUGUUAAAUCACUGGGUCUUUCGACUAGUUACCUUGAAGAUGAAGAUACACGUUUAGCUUGUCGAAGUACUAUGGCGCUCGCUUUAGUUCCACUUGAAUAUGUAGAAGAAGCCUACGAGCUUCUUAAAAAUGAUUCACCUAAAGCACUUGCUGAAUUUUUUACUUAUUAUGAAAAGCAGUGGUUGAAACCGUGGCACAACCGGUUCAAUAAUCGAGUUGAAAAGCAUCAUCCUAACAUGUGGCAUUUUCUUGAAUGUUUAAAACGGGAAGAAUUAUUAUUUCGUCAACAAUUAGGAAAAUUAAAUGCUGGUAUUCCAAAAAAAACAAGUAGUAAUGUCUGUAUUAGUCAAAAGCAAAUUGAUACACUAACUGAACGAUACGAACAAGAACAAAUUACUUUAAUUGACUUUCUCUAUGGACUAUCUACACUUGUUGCUAAACGUUCUACAAAAUCACUUUGA